AUGCUGUUGAAGAUUUCGUGUCUACUUAUUAUUUUGGUAAUCUGUCUGCAACAGAGUCAUUCGAGUAAGAGGAGAUGCCUUCAGCCUCUAAACGAGGGUACUGGAAAGGCCUAUCUGCGCAGUUGGUUCUACAACUCCACAGCCCAGAGAUGCCAAAGGUUCAUCUUCUUUGGCGGUGCGAGGAAUGGCAAUAACUUUAAUAUCCAAGCUCGGUGUCGCAAAAUUUGCCUAGCCCAAGUAGCUCUACCAAUUAAUUUUUCAUCCACUCAUGAUGGCGUUUAAAAAGAACAAAGAUUUGAAUCAAAUACAAAGUAAUAAAUGAGACUUAAAUAAGUUAAGGCAAGUCGGGCUAAUUGCAUUUUGUGUGAAA